AAGCAGAACUAAAAAAAAUAAUUUGCUAUCAGUAGUACCGGUGGCAUAAGAUAGCGACUGUUGUAUCAGAGCUAAAACUUGGGGGGUAGUCAGUAAGGUAGGGGUUGGAACACCUGUACAUUGAAUAUGAACUGAACCCACCCCCUAUAUCAGACGCGUCACGGCUCCCUAAUGCGACAGUUGCUUGCGGUAGCGGGAACCCUCAACUUCUAUUGAAUUUUAUAUCGUACUUCCGGUUACUUUUUUGUUGUUCAAUUCUAGACUUUAGUCUACUGAAUAAAAAAAAAAAUAGUAAUUAACAAUUAAUUAUUUGUUAUUGAACAUGAAUUACUUUUCAAUAUUUUGUGCAGCAUGACUCCGGUAUUUUUUGUUAACGACUUUUAUAAAAAAAUGCUGGAGCUUCAAGAAAAAUUACGCAAAAGUGAGGAAGAAAGGAUACGGUUGGAAGAAAGGUUCAAUUUGUUGGAGCAAGAGUCGCGUAUAAGACAUGAAGCCUGUAUAAACAAAUUACGGAUGCGGUAUAUUGAGUUCCUGGAGGAACAGAGACUCAGAGAUCAACGCAACCAUAAACUUCUGGGCACACUGGAUAAAGUUGAUACCAGUUUAGCUUUAAUGAGCGCAAAAACAGACAGGCUGUAUACUUUAAGAAAAGAGUACGAAGCCUCAUUACUGCGAGCGCAAGCAAAUCGUCGGCAGGCCGGCAGCGUAACAGGUGACAGCGGAAUUAUAAGUCAGAAUGACGACAGAUUGAUGCGCAGAGGAGCCUCGAGUACUCAUGUGACUUCUAGUUAUCAUCUAGAUAAUUUAAAAACCCCAACUCCUCCUCGUGCUGCUUACAGCGUCCAAGAAAAUUACUACAACUCCAUAAGUACUCCGAAAAAAUCGUACAGUGCCCUUCCGCCUCUGCAGUUUGCAUCAAAAACCCCAGCGUAUGCAGACUCCAGCGAAUCAUUUCUACGAGCGGUUCCGUCUGUUGACUACCAGAGAGCGUACGGAAUAAAGUCUCUGGCACAGGAACCAGAAAUGAAGACAUGGAAUGAUGAUUACACAAGUGGUUUUAAUAAACUACGUAGAGAUUUGCGCAAAGAUUAUUUAUCUAAAGAAUCGGGGGCGUUUAAAUAUCCAGAGAGACUUACGACACUCGGUAGCUCGAAGCUGACAAAUUUAUUGGGCAAGCCUUUGAGUGGUAAAGAGGAAUUGGAAGCUGGCAGUGUCGUUGAAAAAGAGUUGGAGAGUUAUAUUAAUAAGAUACGGAGUCUCCAUGAUAAUAAUAAUGACCAGCACAGUCUGGAGGAGGUCGACCAUGAGCAGAACACCAGCGGUGAUUUAUUGAACGUGACACUGUCUGAUGACGGCUUUGAUCAUUUGCCAGUUGAGGAAAAAGUUAAAGGACACGUGCAUGCGGAAGUGGGACAGAUUUUGGCGCUCGCUGAAGAUCUGGCUGCUAAGACUUCUGCUGAUGGCAAUUUAUUGGAGACUCGUACUCCUGUUAAUGUCGUAUUGACUAAUGAAAAUCCACCAACUGAUUCCAAUGCCGUCCAAGAAGUUAAAUCAAAGUCUAAUGAUCCAUCAGCUUUUAUAAAUGAAACACUUGUCGAGCCUGAAGUGCAGUCAGCUGUGAUGAAGGAUAGUUCCGGAUUAAAUGCAGAUGACGAACUUAAUGAUGUUUCUAAAUCCAACACGAAGUUGUGUGAUGAUGAAAAUAAAGUCGUUGAGCAACUGAAGACAGUUGAAGAAAUCAGUGAAAAAGAAGAUAAUUCUAAUGAAAAAGAUUAUUUAGUAAAUCCUGAAGUUUCGAAGCCUGAAAUCGUUUGUGGUAAAGAGCAAGAGGUUGAUGAUUUCCAGGUGACUACUGAGUUAGAGCCUUGGGAUGUUAAUAAUUUUGUGAAGGAAAUUACAGAAAUUGAUGAUUCAAAUUUGCAGGAAAAUAAUUCAGAAGUAAAGAGCGAGUCGGUGAGUUUUUCGACGACGAAUCACUCUGCUAUGGAUAAAGAAAUAUUGAUGACUGCGGAGGUUGAUGAAAUUCCUGCGGUAAAUCCUGAGUUGGUGACUGAUGGGAAGAAUAUCGCAGAAGCUGAACAUGUUUAUGAAGAAAAUUAUGCGGAAGUUGUUGAAGAAACUCUUGACCAGACUAAAGAAUAUCCAGAAGCUGCUGAACCAGUUUAUGAAUACCAGCAGGGGUACCAGGAUCCUAGUCAGUACCAGUAUGAUCCUAGUGCGCAGUACGAUCCAAAUGCCGGAGAGUAUCAGUAUCAGCAGCAGUACCCGUACGACCCGAAUGCGGAGUAUCCAGACCAACAGUUUACUGAUGACCAGAAUCAGCAAUACGUCCAAGAUCCUAAUCAGCAGUAUGCUGAAGAUCCUAAUCAACAGUACGCUCAAGAUCCUAAUCAGCAGUACCAGUACACAGAAGACCCAGGGCAGUAUCCAGAAGCGUACACACAGGAUCCUAAUUACGACCCCAAUUACGAGUACCCAGCUCAGCAGUACGAAGCCGCUUACGAGUCUCCGGAUCAAGCCCAAGUUUACACAGAGCAAUUAAACCAGGAAAAUUUACAACCCGGUCACGUAGAAGCGGAAGUUAAUCAUCCACCGGAAGAUUUAGUUAUCAAAGCAUCGGAUCUUGAUGAGUCUGCAGCAGACUCCAGCAAAAAUGACAAAAACGAUUCAAAUGGACGCGCGAAAAAAACCAAAGACAAAAUAAGAGCAAUCCUUGACUCCGACACCGAGAGCACGAUAGAAAAAAAUACUUCCAACACAGAGAGUGACUUUGACUUUAAUUAG